AUGCCAAGACCACCUAGGGCCAUUCAACGCAAUGUUUUACGCGAAACUCAAAAUAAUAACACAACAACCACCAUCAGUAGUAGUUUCCUGAAGUCAAAUAAUACCACUGGUAGUAAUAAUAAAGACGAAAUUAACAGUGAUAGCAUUCUUGAAGAAUUCAAAUUAGCCCGUAAUAAAAAAGCAGCACAAAUUGGUAGUAAAAAGGCGGAUAAAGAAUACGACGAAUAUUUGGCGCAUGCUAUUGCUGCAGCCGAACACAAUACUACUGUAUUGUCAACGUCAUCGCUGACUGUGCUCGAAGGAAGCUACAGUAUGAGUCAGGAUGGCGCGUCAAGCUCGAAACAAAUUGAACAAAUACCGAAAUUCGAGUUAAUUCAAGAGUAUUUAAACAAGACAGAAUUUUCCAGAGGGAAGCAAAAUAACAAUAACAACAAUACAGAACCAAAGAAUAGUCGAAAAAGAAAGAAUACCCUUAAUAUUCCAAUUUCAGAUCGUUUACCACCUCGUCGUCGUAAAAAAAUCAUUACUGUUGUUGAAUAUGAUGAGAGUGAUAAUAAAGAAGACGACGAACAUAUGAAUAAUAUUCAAAAAGAGGUAUUAAGACACGAACGUGAACAAAGGUUACGUUAUUUCCAAGAGGUGGAUAAUUAUGUUUUGCCAGUUGAAUAUGUGGAAAUCAUUCAUGACGAAAAAGAACAGCAAGAACAACCGCCCAUCGCGUCUGGUAGCAAUUCUUAA